AUGAAUUCAAUGUGCAACAGGACGUAUUACGGAGACGUGGGCAAAACGUACGAGCUGCGAGUCGUUAAGUCCGCCGAGACGCGUCUGCCCUUCCUGUGUCAUCUCACGUUCACGGCAAACGGCCAGAGCCACGGCGACAUCGUCCAGUUGAUCUUCGACGAGUUCAAGGUUGGCAGAUAUGAAGCCUCAGCUCUGGACGGUUGUCCUGACGGUUACAUGCAACUGAGCGAACUGGGUCGUCCAUUUACUGGAGGUUCAUGGUGUGGUUCGUCAUCGGGACCUGCCGCUUAUUACAGCGAAACGUCUACCGUUACAGUUUCCGUGAAACUGUUCGCAUCGCCACAGAUACCGUUCGCAUUUAGACUUCGAUACAGAUUCGUGUCCAGGAGGGAGGCUGUUGUCCGAUUUGGAUCGCCAGCGUCUCCCUUAGAAAGGGGACAGGUUGCACCAGGUACAUAUUGCACGAGGCAGUUCGAAGAGUGCUACAGAAAGCCAUGCAGACUUCAAUCACCCAACUAUCCUGGGAUGUAUCCCAGGAACGUUUCUUGCUACUGGAGUCUGAGACAGAAGAUCGUUCCCACCUGCAAACACGCCAUGAUCGCCGUUAGACAAGAGGCAGCUCACAAAAUGCACAUGAAGAGAUCUAUAAACGUUGCAGGACUAAACAAAACAGCCAGAGCUCUAAGAGCUUGGAGAGACUGUACUGGAGAACGAGACCAUCUUAUCUUCUACGAUGGAGGUUCUACAAAUGAUCCAGUCUUGGCGAAGUACUGUGGAGGAGAUUGGUUGCCGAGGGUCGUCUCAAAAGGUCCCGAAAUGCUGGUUGCUUUCCAUUCUUCACCUUUUAGCAUCCCUUUGCACUCACCACCUUCUCAAUCGCCGCUCAGAGGCUUCGAAUUAGAUGUGGACGUGAUUUUUGCCGACUCCGACUCCUUAGAUUACUCCAGGGAUAACUGCGAGUUCGAUGUGAACGCCACGAGUCCAGACAGCGAUGAAAUAUGGACCGGAAGAGGUAGGAAGGACAGGUUGAUAAGUCCCAGACAUUCACUGCCACCUAACACAACCUGCGUUUAUAAAUUCAGAGGGUACCCGCACGAUUUAAUAUGGGUUAGCUUUAUUUCGUACAGUCAAAGAGCUUUGCUGGUCGGUGAAAGUGCUCAUGCUCUACUCAGCAACAGUUCAAUAGGUGGUGGCUGCGCAACUAAGUUGAAAAUCCUAGAUGGAUCUAAGGUAAUCGAGGAUAAAUGUGACGAACCGCCCAAACUCUGUGAUCAUAGUGCUUUGAGCAAUUCAACGCGGAUAACCAGGCCUUGUUCCCAACAAGAAAGUUACCUAUCCUCCGGUAGGAACUUAAUAAUUCAACAUCAUACAGAAGAUGGUACCGCUCUUCAUCCAGCAUCGUUCAAACUUAAAUACGAAUUCGUCGAUACAAGAUUGGGUGGGGAAGCUUGGUCUGAUAAAAGACAACCUGGUCCUUGCCACCGAGUUUUCAAAAAAAUCCAUGUUGGUGAGGUGAUAUCCCCUCGUAACAUCUUCUUAUACGGCCGUGGAGGAGCUAAAGAUUUACAUUGUGUGUACCGUUUCGAAGCUGGUGUGGAUGAGCGUGUGAAAUUGACGAUCAAUAACGCCUCAUUCGGCGCAAAUCCUUCAUGUGAAACGUUACAAGAUCCACACAGCAACCGACAGAUCUGCGAAUAUUAUGCUGGCGGAAGGACUACAGAGGUUAGUGUUUGGGAAUUACCGUGGAAAGACGUGAGGAUGCCGAAAGGAUGCAUCUGUGAUAAUUCUUCCCUGAACAGCAAACCUAUAGUGUUCGUAUCAUCUAGUAGAACUCUAGAGCUACAUUUCACUGCCAAAGAAAUGAAUAUAACCGAGGAUUUUACCGUUCUUCACUUCCACGCCUUGUUCGAGAUCAUCCACACACCUGAAUGUCCCAGGAAGCAACGAAUACGAGGUUAUGGUGGGGAGGUAACAUUCAACAAUCCUCCUAGUGGUAAAGAAGAGUUGCUGUGUCAAGGCAUCCCAUGGGUUGUUGAAGCUAGAUAUAAUCGUAGUCUGUUCUUAUUAAGCUGGGGAGCUUUUCUUCCGUUAAAACCCCGACCGGAAGAUCCAUCCCGCUGCCCGACUUCCAACAGAGUCUUAAUUUAUCAGGGACGUCCCCCGAAGCUUGUAAAAGUCGUCUGUCCUGCCGAACCGAAUUCUAGACCCCUGGCCGUGCAGGUUUUCAGCGAGGAAUGGUGGGGUGAGGGAUUGGCCCACAUCCAGCAACGUCCUCCCAACUUUAUGGUGGAGUGGAUCGGCUUGGAGCCGGGGAUUGCUGCAUUCCACUGGUUAGAGAUCUCGAGGAGUCGUUCGUCCCUGUUACAACAGCUACAAGUGCCGGUGAACACCAGCUCCAACGAAACGGACUACGAAUGUACUCAUAAGUGUCCGGAGCUAGACGCCUGCAUCAAUCCGGCGUUGUGGUGCGACGGAAAAGAUCACUGUCCUUCCGGCUGGGACGAAAGCGAGGGACAGUGCGGCGCCACCUCCAAACUACUGAACUCGUUGCCGUUGGCUGCUUUGGCUGCGGGUGCUGCGGUCGUUUCGUCGAUAGUCUUGCUGAUUUGUCUCACGUUGCACCGGCUCAGGAUUCGGAGGCGCAGGAAACUGGCCAAGAAGAAGCUGUUGACCGGACCGAGGGUGCUCGAUCCCGGCUACAACUCCUGA